CGAGCAGGAAGAUAAAACCUCGAGGCGAGCUGUCUUACUUAUAGCUGCUGGCAGAGUGAUUCACCGGGCUAACCUGCAGAGCUGGUUGCCACGAGCGUUAGACUUGUCCACACCAGUCGCGCGCGCCACCAGCUUUGACACUGGUGCAGCUCUGGUACCUGGGAGGAAUAUUUUUCCCUUUCUUUUGACUUGACAACAUCAACAUCAUCAUAAAGAAAUUAAGUGAGAGAAUCAUCAUUCUGCAAGAUUAAAAACAUGGUAUCGGUGACUUCAGACUAUGAUUAUAGUGCAGAAGGAGAUUACUCAGAUGAUGGGCUUUGCAACCUCAACCCCAACCCCGUGGAAGACAUCAUCCAAACUUGCAUCCACUCCAUCAUCUGUUUCUUUGGCCUGAUUGGCAACGCUCUUGUAAUCGUCACCUACAUAUUCUACAAGAGAACCAAGACGAUGACAGAUGUCUAUCUCUUCAAUGUGGCUGUGGCAGACCUGGUCUUUGUGGUAGCUCUGCCAUUUAUCAUAUACAAUGAGCGGCACAGUUGGUUAAUGGGUCCUGUGGCUUGCAAGAUGCUAAGGUCAGCCUACAGUAUCAAUCUAUACAGUGGCAUGCUCCUGCUUGCGUGCAUUAGUGGUGAUCGUUAUGUAGCUAUAGUUCAAGCUAGAAGAUCCUUCGGGGCUCGCUCACGCACUCUCAUCUACAGCCGCCUCAUCUGCUCAGUUGUUUGGGUGUGUGCAGUGGCUUUAACUCUGCCCACACUCAUCUACACCGAGCACUUUGAAGAGCAGAAUCUGGGGGCUGAGACUGUCACUGUGAUGUGUCAGCUGUCUUUCAGCAAGAAUGAAACUGCAAAGCUAAUGAAGGUGCUGGUUCCGGGCCUUCAAAUGGCCAUUGGCUUCCUGCUGCCUCUGUUGGUGAUGGUGUUCUGCUACUGCCGCAUCAUGUGCACACUGAUGAGAGCACAGAGCAGCCUGAGGCACAAGGCCGUCCGUGUGGUUUUUGCAGUUGUUGUGGUUUUCAUCAUGUGUCACCUUCCCUACAAUGUGACUCUGCUGAACCACACUCUGUCUCUUUUUAAGGAGAGGAGUUGUGAGCCAGAAAAGAUUAAACUCCAAGUUCUGGCUAUUUCCAGGAGCAUAGCCUACCUCCACUGCUGUCUCAAUCCCAUACUCUAUGCCUUCAUUGGGGUGAAGUUUAGGAGCCACUUCCAGCAAAUAAUGUUGGACCUAUGGUGUUUUAGCAAAAAGUACAUCUACAGUGCUCGCACGUCACGCAGGACAUCCGAUAUUUGCAUUUCAGGCCACGUGUCUUCAGAUGGCUCCAACAACAUGUCAUAUCUCAGUGCAAGACACUGCAGUGGUACAAACCUUUCUAAAACGGAUAAUUAGCAAUGCCAAUGAUCGAGCAGCCUCUCAUCUUUCCCAAGCUGUUUACUGUAGCUGUACAUGAGUAGAGGUGAAAGCAUUUGUGCAAAAUGUGCUUAAGUAAAACAUGUAGUGUAUUUGAAAUCUAUUGUAUUCUGAGCAAACAUUACAAGUUAAUAAAACAUUGUAGGAUACUUUUUUCCACACUGUUUUAAAAGGCAUAGAUUUGUCACUUUCUAGCUGAAUGUAAUUUGUAUGAUGCAAAUCUGAACAUCAAUACACUUAAAUAAAAGUAAAGUAAAAUUGAAGGUUUAAAAAAAAAUACUUAAAUGGGUACUCCAUUUAUUAAGUAUUGCACUUCCAUAAAAUUCAUGGAAUUCCCCAAGGACAAAGUUUUAAAAAAUGGGCAAAAUCAAAGCAACAGAGGCUGAGAUAUCCUGACUUCAUAAAAUGCUGGAUUCUACAUUUCACAUGACCAAAAAUAUACAACUGUUUUCACAGGCUGAUUAAACUUUUAUGUGUAAACACAUUUAUGUGUAAACUCAGUGGAGUUCCGCUUAAAACAGACAGAAAAUGAAAUACAGUUACUUAAAAAAAAACCCCACUCAAUUAGUGUAACUGUAAAUGUUAAUCACAUGCACCUGUACGUAUUUGUCAAGCAGGAAAAGCACAGGUGUAACUAAUAAUGGCUCCAUUCUAUUUAAAAGUCCCAAUAAAACAUAUCAGUAAACCAGCAUGCACAAAACCACGGUCCUGGGUCCUGGAAACAGAACACCUAAAGGGAAAAGAGCCAUAAUAUAUGUUAUUAAUUCCACCUGUCCUUUUCAACCUACGACAAGUCAAAAUGUCUGCUAUGGGAAGCAUCUACACACUGUAAUGGAAUUUUAAAUCACAUUUUACAUAUUAUGAUUAAGUCAUUACCAUGGGAAGAAUAUGUGCUGAUUGUCGAGGAAGGAAGUAGUUAUUGGACAUAAUAUAAUAUCAUAAUGGCACAAUUACAAUUACAAUUCCCUAAGCAAAUUUGCAAUUAAGAACAGUUUUUUGUUGUUGUUUUAUUUUCUUCUUGUACUCAUGUCACCAUAUUAACAACCUUGUUUUCUUGUAUUCCUGUGUAUAUGAUGUUGAGUGAGUCUGCUCAUUUUUCUUAAAAAAGAUAAGAAACUAAAGAGUUCCACAUUUUUCUAAUCUUGCUAGACUGUCAGAUCAAUCUCUAAUUUUUCUGGAACCAUAUACAUACCCUAUAUGUUAUCCAUCCAUCCAUCCAUCCAUUUUCUACCGCUUGGUCCCGUUAGGGGUCGCGGGUGACUGGAGCCUAUCCCAGUGACUUUGGGCCUUAGGCAGGGUACACCCUGGACAGUGUAUAUGUUAUCCUUUUUUUUAUAUUUUGUACAUCUGAUUGUAUUCUUCUUCAUCACAUUGAAUAAACAUUGUAUCUAAAAAA